AUGUGCAAAGAUUUUGCAGAUGUGCAGUUUUUUUUUGGAAAUCCUUGCACAUUAUUUUCUAUAGUGAAUAUUUUUUUUGUCAAGGUUGUCAAGUCUGUCGGUAUUCAAAUACGAAAGUAUCGGCGUAUCUUUAAUUUAAGUCGCCUACAUUAUAUUCUAAAAGAAGAGAUGGAGUAUAUGAAGAGCCAAGUAGACAAAAUAGAGUUGGCCAAGCGUCAGGAUCUAUUAGUAAGAGUACCCACAAAAAUGGGCCAUCCGAGUUAUAUACCAGGCAAGAUAAGCGGGGUGGGUUUGAUUGGUGAAGAUCGGGAAGUUAUCCAUUGA